AUGACCUCUCCAUCAAAGUCGCAUUCCAACACUACCCUAGGCUCCUUAAUACACAGUGUCGAGUUCAUCCACGAGUCCUACGCUCCUGCCCGGCCUUCGAAAUCGUUGAUUGCGGUCGGAAUGGCCGAUCGGGCUAAAGCCCAGUCGAUCACUCAGGCCGCCUGCGGGUUCAGCACCGACUCGAUGAUCUCCUCACUAUGCCUCGUCGGCAAACCCGAGCUCAUCGCUGCCUCGGCCUUCCUCAUUGCCGUCACCAUCUUCUCUCCGAAUCUCCCAUCUCAUAUCCGGACUAAGAUGGGAAUCAUCAAGAGCCACAUAGCAUUGAAAAUGAGACGGUCGACUUCAAUCGCCUCCUUAACCUCCUCUCGGGACGGGCCCGAAGAGCGUUCGAUCCAAGAGCCUAUCUUGCCAACGCGAUCAUCGACCAAUAUACUCAAUCAGUUCGCGAUGACAUUCGUGUCCGGACGAUCAAGCGUGCGCGGUUCCCAGGGCCAUCCCUCCUGCGUCGGCCGGUGGAAGCGAUCGAGACCCAGCCGUCUCAUACAAAAACAGGCACACAAGCUGCAGACAGUGGCAUGGCCCCAGGGAAAUCAGACGAGCAGAGUACGCCCCCCUAGUCGGGAAGAGGUUCCCCAUCGGGCCGUAUCUUCGACGCGUUCUCGUGCACUGAUGAGCGCCAACAUGGACCUCGGCACACCAAACGAAUCGACAAGUCUGUCGCCGAAAAGCGCCCGCGUGCUCUCCCUAACAGGGCCAACUGACAAGAAGUCGCCCGCCAAAAAACAGUCCAGGUCUCCUCAAUCCUCGGCCCGCCCCUCUAACAAUGCCAAGCUCGAUCGACCCUCAUUGGCCCCCUCCCAGCCCGCCCCUCAGCCUCCCUUCUACACCAAUAGAUAUCUGGUGAUCUCAUAG